AAUAUGUCACCAGAAGUAAAAAAGCGAGUGCGAGCUUUAAAAAAUCUGAUUUUAGCUCAGAGUGAAAUUAAAUCAAGAUUCAAAGCUGAAGUUCAUCUUCUUAAAUUGAAAUAUCAAAAAGUGUACGAGCCAUAUAUUAACAAGCAAGUGGAUAUAAUUCAAGGAAAGUACGAGCCUACCAAAGGUGAAUACAGUAGUUCAUCUUCAGAGGAAGAAGAUGUGCCAGUUCCCCGAUAUGACGAACAAGGGGAAAUAAGACCUGAAUCGAGUAAACAAGAACCAAAAGGAAUACCGGACUUUUGGCUUGUGUACAUGGAGACUUCGUAUAAAUUUAGAAGUGUCAUACUACCGCAUGAUGAGCAAAUCUUCAGACAUUUGUCAGAUAUCAGAUGUAAUUGGUCAGAAGAAUAUAUGGGAUUUACUAUGGAAUUCCAUUUCACACCCAACGAAUGGUUCACUAAUAAUGUAUUGACCUUGAAGUUUGAAGAGAACCCUCCAGACGACGUGGUUGAGAUUGUUUUAUCAUAUGGUAUAGAAGACGCCAUUGAGUACAGACUUACAGGCUGUGAAAUUCAUUGGAAUGCGGGGAAAAAUGUGACACAGAAAAUCAUGGAUGUAAAGUUUGAAGGCACUGAAGUGCCUAUAAACAAAUCUGUUGAAUAUCCAUCAUUCUUCAAUUUAUUUAAUGAUCAUUUUAAUUUGACAAAUCCCGAUGGAGAGUACUUUCAACAUUUUUUCAAGCAAUAUAAAAAACAGUGCAAUUGGAUAGUUCUUGAAGCUUUUAUGAGUUAUUGUUCUUAUUUAUUUCAAGCGGUCACAUUUGCUAUAUCGGAAAUGUCCGAUUUUUCUGAAGAUUCCAAAACGAACGAGUUGCACAUUGGGACGAUUGGAGAAGAUGAUAAAUGUAUGUCUAAUUCACCGAUGAAAUAA